AGGAAGAAGAAGAAGAAGAGGAGGAGGGGAAAGAAGGAGAGAGGCCACGGCAGACACUCAACUGAGACAAAAGUAUCUCCAAACCACCACCCAACUCCACCUUGGGAGGCGGGCGCCUCAGCAUGGCUUCCGAGGAACUCUACGAGGUAGAGAAAAUUGUUGAUAAAAGGAAAAACAAGAAGGGGAAAACGGAAUAUUUAGUGCGGUGGAAAGGCUACGAGAGUGAAGAUGACACGUGGGAGCCCGAACAGCACCUUGUGAAUUGUGAGGAAUAUAUACAUGAAUUCAAUAGACAUCACAACGAAAAGCAAAAAGAAAGCACAUUAACAAGGACAAAUAGGACAUCUCCAAAUAAUGCAAGAAAACAAAUUUCUAGAUCUACUAAUAGUUCUUUUUCAAAGACCCCAAAGUCCAUAGUUAUUGGAAAGGACCAUGAAUCAAAAAACAAUCAGUUGUUUGCAGCGCAGAAGUUUCGGAAAAACAACACUCCUCUUUCCAGUAGAAAAAACAUGGACCUUGCAAAGUCAGGUAUCAAAAUUCUUGUGCCCAAAAGUCCUAUCAAGAGUCGGACAGCAGUGGAUGGCUUUCAAAGUGAAAGCCCGGAUAAGCUGGACCGCAUUGAACAAGAUCAGGAGGAUUCUGUAGCACCAGAAGUGGCAGCAGAGAAACCUGUUGGAGCUUUAUUAGGACCUGGAGAAGAACGGGCUAGGAUGGGGAGCAGACCAAGAAUACACCCAUUAGUGCCACAAUUACCUGUGCCAGUAACAGCUACCAUUGCAUCUGCAUUAACAAUAAAUGGUAAAGCAUCUCCCUGUAUUCUUCCCAGUGUUCUUUACUUCCUAUUUUCUUGUACAUCUACCUUUAUAGAAGCGUUGUCCACAAACGGUACCAACAUACAGGCAUCGGUAACGGGAGUGACAGCCAGCAAGCGAAGAUUUAUCGAUGAAAGGAGGGACCAGCCUUUUGAUAAAAGGCUACGAUUCAGUGUGAGGCAAACGGAAAGCGCUUACCGGUACAGAGACAUUGUUGUCAGAAAACAGGAUGGCUUCACACACAUUUUGUUAUCAACAAAAUCAUCAGAGAACAAUUCAUUAAAUCCAGAGGUAAUGAAAGAAGUCCAAAGUGCACUGAACACAGCAGCCGCUGAUGACAGCAAACUUGUACUCCUCAGUGCCGUUGGCAGUGUUUUCUGCUGUGGCCUUGACUUCAUUUAUUUUAUUCGACGCUUAACAGAUGAUAGAAAAAGGGAAAGUACUAAGAUGGCAGAUGCUAUUAGGAAUUUUGUAAAUACUUUCAUUCAGUUUAAGAAGCCCAUUAUCGUAGCUGUAAAUGGCCCGGCCAUUGGACUCGGAGCAUCUAUAUUACCUCUGUGUGAUGUGGUUUGGGCUAAUGAGAAGGCUUGGUUUCAGACUCCGUAUACGACAUUUGGGCAAAGCCCUGAUGGAUGUUCAUCCCUUACAUUCCCAAGAAUAAUGGGCCUGGCAUCUGCAAAUGAAAUGUUAUUCAGUGGAAGGAAACUGACUGCACAAGAAGCAUGUGCCAAGGGACUGGUGUCGCAAGUUUUUUGGCCAGGAACAUUCACACAAGAAGUCAUGGUUCGAAUUAAGGAACUUGUCACAUGUAAUUCAGUUGUACUUGAAGAAUCCAAAGGUUUAGUUCGUAGUAUUAUGAAGGUGGACUUGGAACAAGCAAAUGACAAAGAGUGUGAAGUUCUAAAGAAAAUUUGGGGUUCUGCUCAAGGGAUGGACUCAAUGUUGAAAUACUUGCAGAGGAAGAUUGAUGAAUUUUGAAGAGAUGCUCAUUUGACACUGGAAUUGUAUUUACUUUGGGACAUCUGGGUUUUAUGGAUGCUCUAAACGAAUUUAAAAGUCCAACGCUCAGAAAAGAGUGGGACUAAAGCUUGAGGAGAACAUGGUUUUAUUGUCAAGGGUUUUUUUAAAAAAAAAAAAUUAAAGAAGUACUGUAUGUUAAGCAUUGAACAAAUUUCCUUUCUCCAUAUAUAGAUUAUAAAUAUAUAUAUUAUAUUUCUUUAUAUACACGAACUAAAAAAAAACUAUAAUGGAGUGCACUACCAAACUUUUGUCUUCUACUUUAUCAUUGGCUAGUACUGUAUCAGAAGAAAAAGGUGGAUAAAAUGAGGUGUUGAGUUACUUUGUAUGUGGCAGGAAGGUCCUGAAGCAAUGAGAUAUUUUUUCACUAGAGUACAGAAUUGAAACGGGUAUUGGCCAGCCCUUACUUUCACUGCCCAAAAAGAGUUAGUUGAGAAGAGGCAUUGCCUUGAAUUCUGAGGAAGGUUCUAAAUACCUCAAGUAAUGAUGCAUUCAAAAAAAAAAAAA